AUGGCGUCGGUGGCCAUUUCCACGGAGGCUAAAAAAAUAGCAGAUUUGCGCGUUAUAGAUCUUAAAUCUCAGCUGAAACAACGGAACUUGGACGCGUCCGGCGUGAAAAGUGUUCUCAUCGCCCGACUCAAACAGGCUAUUGAAGAUGAAGGUGGUGACCCAGAAAACAUUGAAAUACAGCUUUCACUAGAACCACCAAAUAAGAAGAAAACCAAAGGAAGGAAAACGGAUACUGACACUGAUAAUAUGAGUAUGGUGGAAGAAGACUCUUUCUCCAAGGAGACGGAAGAGGAUGAAUCAGAAAAAGAUGUAACUGAUACAGAUGAUGGUACUCGCGAAAAUUCUAAGCCUCCACCCAGUGAGGAUGGCCUCGCUGAGGCCGAGGCCGAUGCCGAGCCAGAGUUGGAACCUGCGAUGGCGGCUGAGGCUGACUCAGAGCCUGAGCCCGAGAUGGAGGCUGAGCCAGAAGCUGAGGUGGUGGCUGAGCCUGAGGUGGAGGCUGAAGUGGGCGAGAUGGACGCCGAAGCCCUGAGUUCCUCUAAAGAAGCUGAGGACGAUCACCUAUCCGUCUCAAUCCCCAAUGAAGAUGCCAUCACACUUGAUGUGGAUGGUGAUGACCUCCUGGAAACAGGUAAACAUGUGAAACUUCCAGAUCCAGAGGCCGUGAAGGGCACCGAUGAACCAGAGGCCUCUGCUGAGAUGGUUCUCAAAGAUAACACAAAGGAGGAAGAGAUGGAGGGCCAUAAGAAAGAUGACGGAUCCAAGGUGGACCCUUCGAAGAAAGAGAGCCGGGACGCCUUGAAGAAAGCUGAAACGGGAGACAAAGAAAAGGAUUGUGGGAAGAAAGGCCCCUCUUCCUCUGGGGCAUCAGGUCAAGCAAAGAGCUCCUCAAGAGAUCGAGAUGGUAAAGCCGCAAAAGAUGAAAAGGGAGGUAUCAGCAAUAGCAGCACCAGCAGCUCUUCUCGUAACAUAUGGGUGAGCGGCCUGUCAUCCAACACUAAGGCAGCUGAUCUAAAGAACCUCUUCGGCAAAUAUGGAAAGGUUUUCAGUGCAAAGGUGGUGACAAAUGCACGCAGUCCUGGUUCAAAGUGUUACGGCUUGGUGACAAUGUCCUCCAGCGCCGAGGUAGGGCGGUGUAUCUCCCACCUGAAUCGCACAGACCUCCAUGGACAACAGAUAUAUGUGGAAAGGGUCAAAAGUGAUCCUUUCAAAAAGGACCCCUCAAAGAAGGAAGCAGAGGACAAAACCAAUUCCAGCAAAUCGAGUGACAAACGCAGCAGUACAGGAGGAAAGAUAACCAACAAAGCCCAACUAGCUUCCAAAAAAGACGACAAGACAUCGGACAAGCCUUCAGAAAAGGACAACAAAGAUUCAUCUAAGAAGCAGGAAUCUAAAAGUGGAAAAUCUGAGGCUUCGUCUUCCGGCUCAGGCCAAGAUUCUACCAAGAAGGAUGAGAAGAAACAUGGGCGGACAAAGAGCCCAGGGAAAAUGGUGGUCAUAGAUCAUGCUAAAGGAGAAGCGAACCUUGGCAAAAUGAGACAGCCCUUCAGAAGAGGACGACACUUUGACAAAUCUGCUUUCCCCAACACGAACACACAGCGCCGGCCCAGAUGGUUGAUUCCCCCUGAAGAGUUUGAGAUGAUGAAAAGAGAAGGGCGACCUUUCCUCAACAAGGGAGGCAGCAAAGAUAUCCUUCCAUUUGAGAAGAUGAAGGAGCAAAGAAUGCGUGAACGACUUGCUCGCCUGGAGCGUGUCCGCAGAGCAGAGGAGUUGCGCAGGCGACGUGAGAUCGCAGAGCAGGAACGUCGGGAGCGUGAGCGGAUCCGCCUGCUUCGAGAGCGUGAGGAGAGAGAGAACCUGCUCCGUGAACGACAGAGGCUUGAGAUGGAAAGGCAGAAACUGGAAAGGGAGCGCAUGGAGAGGGAGAGACUCGAGAGAGAGAGACUUCGUAUAGAGCAGGAGCGACGUAAAGAGGCAGAGCGACUCGCCCGUGAACGAGAGGAGCUACGAAGGCAGCAGGAGCAGCUCCGCUAUGAACAGGAGAAGAGAAACAACCUCAAGAGAAGCCGCGAUGUGGAUCACAGCCGCAGGGAUGAUCCCUACUGGAACGGAAAUAAGAAGAUGCAGCCUGAGACAGAGGUUCGCCUGAACCAGGGCUCUGAUUACAGUCGCCAGCAGAACCGCUUCACCAAUUUUAGUCCAAGAGAGAGAGGCCGUUUCCCAGAGACUACCACUGAGCAGCCCAACAACUAUGACCGACGUAAUCGCUUUGAUGGUGAGCCAGAUGCAAAGAAAAGUCGGCCUGCCCCGCCCAGAGAUAAUGCUGGGUUCGACCGCUACCCCAAGAACUUUACGGCAGUCCGCCGAGCAGAGCCACCCCUGCAUCCGCGGGCCGACCUCCGAGACACCGACCGCAGGGACCGAGAUGAGCGACGGCCUGUGCCUGUGUCUGAGCGUUCCGUGGGAGCCAGGGUGGCGAUGCCGGCCAUGUCACACACCCGCUCCCCCAGAGACUCGGGGCAGGGAGGGUGGAAGAAUGAAGGUGGCGUCAAUACCAACAAAGGAGACAUGCGGGCCGGCGUACGGAUGCGUCCAGAGAGAUCAGGAAGAGACGGCCCCACCCUCAGAGGAGGUGCUGCAGCCAGCCGAGGGAGGAGCAGCUUCGGUGAUCGAGAUGGAGGAAGAGCCAUGGGGAUGGGUGACCAGCCUUUUGGCUCCAGCCGGCAGGUGGUGGUGGAGCGUCACAGUAGGGAUCAGGGUCCAAGGAAGGACUGGCAUGGCGGAGCGGCUUCUCAGGGAGGGAGCUUCACUGACGGCCGCAGGAUGGGCGACAACCGCAGCGGCACCAUGAUGGCUCCACAUUCCAGCCACUCCUCAUCUGGAAUGAGCCGAAUUGUCCAGAUCACCAACAACUCUGUGUCUGCCGGCGGCAACGUCGGAGGAUUUAAACCCUUCAAAGCGGCACCACGGCGAUUCUAACUGCACCCAUAUUUGCCCAUACUGUACCGGUAUGGAGACAAUAAAAGCAAACAUAAGACCUUUUCUUUGGUUAUUUUGUGAAUUUUGACCAUUUUAAGAUUUGUAGCCACAGGGUUCAUAUAAGAGAAUGUUUUUUACUUUGUAUAGAUGAGUGCUUACCUCUAUGUAGGGUUUUCCUGACAGUUCAGCUGUGAAGCAACCCUGUGCACAGACAUUUUACUUGUACUGAGGAGGACUUUGUACAGCCUGGUUGUUUUGUAACAAGUUUUCAUGUGUUAUGACGUCUCACCACCUCCUGCAGAUGUUAAGUCAGGUAUGUAGAUUUUCAGUAGCUCCGUGUGAACAUUUAAGUCCUUUUGAAGUUAAAUGAUGUUGUGUUCUACUUCCCUGUCUCACUGGUCGUUUUUCUGCUGUAUGGUUAUCAGAGGAUAAGAGCGAUUAUGCACUCAAAUCUGGGCAUUUAUUCUCUGUGCAAAAUCUUUUAUGAAGGAUAAAGCGACAUAUUUUGACACAUGUAAUCGGGGUGGAACACAUGCUUGCAGGUUCCAUGGUCUUCGUAGUUGCCAAAUAGGUUGACUCGGAUCACAAGCUCGUAAAUACCCCAGUAUAUCCCCCAUGCAGUCAAGAGUUCAAGGGUAAACUUGGCUUGACUACAGGCUUUUUGGUUUUUGUUCAAAAAUGGAGAUAUGCUUUGCCCUGAAGUGCAGCUUGUGGUUGUCUUCGUUCUGCUCACACCAGCAGACGGUUUUAGAGUGAAGAUGGUCAAAAGCAAGUAUUGUGGUUUUCAUGAGCAAAUAUGGCUGCAUUAUGAACUCAAGUCUAACCAGUGGUGGCUGGCCAGUACAGGGCGCUGGGGCGCCGCCCCCUUCAAAGAUGAAAAUCUACUUAAAACGUGUUAAAUAUAAUUUAGUUGUAUAAUGCAAAUAAUGAUGAAAUAAAAGUGUU